CAUUAUAGUGUGACGUCGGGUUAUCUCAAUAACAAUAGGCAUUAUUUCCACAGCACAUACACAAUCACUUGAAGCUUUUCCGACCUAUAGGGAUAAAAGGCAAGCAAUGAAAUCAAUAACGUAUAUGGGCGCUCAUAUGACAGUGUAGAAUCAGCACUGCGGCAACCGGUAUUGCACAAUACUGUAUAGUGACUAGAUUUCGGGUAUCCAUACCCAUUCCAAACUGGAAGCUGGCUCAAGGAUGUUUUUAAAUUUUUAAAUAUAGGCCUAUCUUGUUAAAAGCUAAUAAGCGAAAGGAUAUUGUGGAUAAGCAUCCUCGGAUUCAUCGGUCGAGAUGAUCGUCUUCAUAAUUUACAAAGUUUUGUAUUCUAAAAUGUGUGAACAUACAGCUCGCAUGCAUAUCAGAAGGACUACAUAAUUAUGCAUAGGACAUCAGUGCAUAUUCGCGUUUGUUCAGUAUAAGAUAUUCGGCUGUGCGAAAUAAUAACGAAAAAAAAAAAACACUUUCUCGUGUCGUCUAUAAUUAUGUUUACUUUAAUAUCUUAUGUACCUCUUUGGAAAUCUUUGGUGACUGGCUUUUGAUUUUCCAACCAUUUCCAACAAUCAUCGUUUAAGAAUGCAGAGUAGGAAAACAGCGACGGUCUUCAAAGGCAGGAUUCUUAACCAGGAAGCCUGGAAAACAAUAAUCCUACAAUGUAGUAGCAUCGUAAUUUUAUCAACUUUGCUUAGUCACUGUGAAGCCCAAUGUGAAAGCCGGACUGUAAGCCUUGUAGCUUCGAACGACACUCAGACAAUCUUCUCUCCAAACCAUCCCAACUCGUACCCCGAGGACACCUCCUGCUCUUGGCUCAUCAGUAGCCCAAUGCCUGCAGGAAGGAUACAGCUAGAAGUGGUGUACAAGGACUUUUCUUGCUGCUGUGCAAAUGAUCGUUUAGUGAUACAAGAUGGUACAAAUUCAUCUGCCAGAAUCAUCGCCUACCUGUGCUCUGAGCUGAACCCGAUCACGAUAACAAGCAGUGGACCAAACAUAUAUGGAGAGUUUAUGAGUGAUAGCGAUGGACAAACAGGAUUUGGAUAUACUCUGAAUUUUACCCAUUUUGAUUCGAAUUACUGUCCUCCCGGCUGGAUUGAAAGGUCUGGCUACUGCUAUAAAUUAUACGAUCCGUUACCAUGGCAACAAUCAAUAUUACGCUGUGGAUUCGAUGGUGGAUUCCUCUCCUCUGUCGUCGAUAAAGACGAAAACAAUUUUAUUGUGGAUUCUUUUCAAAACGAGACAGCAUCACUCGUGUGGUUGGGUUUGAACAGUGAUUGGCAAUGGCUAGAUGGUUUGAGUCCUUUGUUUUACAACUUUGAUAAUAGGUCUGGAGAAACCUCGGGUUGUUCAGCAAUUGACAUAAACGGAAAUGGACGGUGGCAACUUGCAAACUGCGACGAACAAUUAAAGUUCAUCUGCAAGAAGACGAAGGAUGGGUCCGGAGGCAGAUACUGGGCCGAGUUUCUCAUUGGUGACGACGAUGCAUCAACAAAUAUAUUUUCUACCGCUGUCGCUGUUAUUAUCGGAAUCGGCGUCGUCUUUUGUUGUACACGAAGGCGGUCCAACAACAACAACAACAACAACUGUCAGUGUGGGAGUUGCAUUGGUGAAAUAGCAUCAUGUAUAAGGAAUGUGGUGGCUAGGAUCUUUGAGCGCAUUUCCAGGGGUAUCUCUGCCUUAGGGCGUGCGCUGCUGUUCGUCGUAUCCUGCAAAUGUCUCAGGGGUGUGGCGCGUAGUGAGGAAACGGGGACAGGCGAGGCGCCAUCGGAACAAAAUCCUCAAACCUAUCAACAAGAGGUAUCGUUAGAAGGAACACCUUCAGUCACGCGGGGUUCGGAGCGAUCUGGAGGCACGGAUCCCCAGUCACCGCCAGCGUAUGGGGAUAUUUCCUCAGUGCCCCCGCCUCCGUCAUACAGCGAAGCUUUGGAUCCGCAAUUUAACUUUCGGACAAACUCUACAUCACCAACGAACGUCAGAGAAACGAUAGCAGCGCCUUCUUACGAAUCGAUUGUUGGGUCUGUCGGGAAUGUUGAUGCGUCAGUAUAUGUUGUUUUAUAGUCGGCCGGUAUGUUCAGCCUAGGAUCCAAUACGAUGUUGUAUGACCUCAUGGACACAUUUCCUCCAUAAUCACACAGUAAAAAAAAAACGCUGCUUAUUAUUAUUAUUUACUUACAUAACUCGGAUUAUGAAUCUUUAUACAGUAGCUUAAAAAGAUAUAAAAAUCACUGUUUAGAAUUUUACACAACAAAGUUUAAAUUUCAAUAUUCAAUUCUAAAAAAAAUUAAGCAAUGUUGUUUCAACUGUUUAUCAACUACUGUAAGGUUUCAUAAUAGCACAGACCUAAGAAGGUCCGUGAUAAUAGUUAACAGCGUUGCAUAACAUUUUAUUACUGUGCAGGGCCAGUGCCGACUGCCACGCAUAAUGGUGUACCACCUUUCAUUAUUAUGCACAUAUAACGGUGCACCCCAUGGGACUUUUAGGAAAGACGUUAUGAGAAAAUAGGAUUUUUUUAAAAGCAAGAUACUGAAACAGAGUAAAAAUACUCGAAAAUUUUACAUCAUUCUUCUAUAAUCUCCUUAUUUCUAGUAAUACGAGAUGCUUUUAUUAGUUUCGUUUAACUCUUUGAAGUUAAUUUACCCUGAAUUGAUAAUAAUGACAUAUUUUAACAUUGGCUUUAAUCCUUAUCCCACCAUAUUUUAAACUAGGAUUAGUAUUAUUCUAUAGAUAUUAUUCAAGAAUUACUAUUGCAGUUUGCUGCAUAGGCCUACUCUAUAGUACAAAGGUGAUGGAAAUAUGUGGUCGGUGCAAGGAAUCUUGUACAUUAUUUUGCAACGGUAAAGUGCACAGUGUUUAUAUUGCAGAUGACAUAAUUCUCAUUAUGACAAAUUGUGAUGGCCUAAUAAUUUUCACUGUUAAACAAGAAAUAAACACGACUUCAAUAUUAGUGUGCCAAGUUUAAUCAUUCAAACAACUGAACAGUACUAUGUCCUUAUCAAUUACGCAAAAAGAUAAAACAAAUUUUGGAUUUAAGUCAGAUAAUUUUUUUUUCAAGCAUAUUAUAUUUCCUUAGAAUUAUUAUUUAUGAAUGAAAUGUUUGCCCCUUGAUUAGUCUUAAAAAUUGUACUUUCGGUCCUUUAUUUUACCAACACAGUUAUCGUUUUCAUUUGCCCGAUGCAUUUUUUUUCGUUUGAAUUCAUUCGAAAUACGAGAUUCUUUAUGAAAAUAGGAUAAUGUAUUUUCCCAUUUCUAUCAUUGUAAUAAGUUGUGAAAUAAAUCUUGUAUCUUAUGCAUGCUGAUGGAGAUUCUUAUGAUUACCAAUAUCCAAAUUAGGGCCCAGCUUCAUAGGCUUACAUUAAAAUGGAAACAGUGAUAACAUUUAUUAAGCUUUUCUUGGGCAGCACACCACGUACAAUUUGUUCGGAAUCUAUAAAAAACAUUGGAAAUUUUCGAUUAUUCUAAAGGUCCACUAUUUGAUCCUUACCAAGUCAUUAAUCAAAAAUAACUCUUAUCUGCCAUUCCACAUGAAAACAAAUAAUUCACUCGUAUUUCACUGUGCUAGGCCUAUAUUUUUUGUAUUCAAAUAUAUAAUUCAAAUGAAUUUUAUUUCUUAGAA